GUUCGUGGAAAGGAUGAAGUAGGUGCUACAAUGGACUUCAUGGAACUGGAAAAGCAACGUGGUAUUACAAUCCAAUCGGCGGCCACCUAUGUGGAUUGGCACGGAACGAAUAUUAAUAUUAUUGACACACCAGGUCACGUUGAUUUUACGGUGGAAGUUGAGAGGGCAUUACGUGUCUUGGAUGGCGCUGUUCUAGUUCGUGGAAAGGAUGAAGUAGGUGCUACAAUGGACUUCAUGGAACUGGAAAAGCAACGUGGUAUUACAAUCCAGUCGGCGGCCACCUAUGUGGAUUGGCAUGGAACGAAUAUUAAUAUUAUUGAUACACCAGGUCACGUUGAUUUUACGGUGGAAGUUGAGAGGGCAUUACGUGUCUUGGAUGGCGCUGUUCUAGUCCUAUGUGGCGUUGGCGGUGUGCAGAGUCAGACAUUCACCGUUAAUCGACAACUUUCGCGAUAUAACGUUCCUUUUAUCACAUUCGUUAAUAAACUCGAUAGAACUGGUGCUACUCCAUUGAGGUAUGGUCUUGUAGCACUUGAUGGUUUACGAAAGAAACUCAAUCAUAACGCAGCUUUAAUUCAAAUGCCAAUUGGAAAAGAUUCAUCUUUUAAAGUUUGUGUCUUUAUAUGUUCGUUCGUAUCGUUAAAAAGAGUGCAUGCUUUCCGAACCAAUUCAGAAUCACUAUUGCGCACGCAUUAA